CAUCACUACUGGAGUACGGUUGCAGAUCAACAUCACUGUUGCAGCACUGUUGCCUCGGUUUAACAGAGCAGGGCGACACUUUUGAACCCAUUGUCAAAAGGCUACACUUUCCAACGAGCAGGUGUCUGUCUACAAGUCGGCUAUACAUCUUCCACAUCAAUAUGUUGGCGUGCACAGAGAUGAUCACUAUGUGCCUUCAGUCGGCGAAAAAUAAGCAUUUUCGCUCUCAGCAGGAACAACCGCAGCCACUGCAUAGCCCUGUUAAUGGACUUCCAAUUUUCAAAGAUAUUUUCUGCCGUGCUGACAAAAACGAUGAUGGAAAACUGUCGUUUGAUGAGUUCAAUGCUUAUUUCGCAGACGGGAUUCUCACCACUGAGGAGUUGCAGGAGCUCUUCUACUCCAUAGAUGGGCGGCAGAAUAACAACCUAGAUACCGACAAACUAUCAGAUGACUUUGCUCAACACUUGGGAGGAUAUGUGUAUGUCCUCUCUGCUCUGGAGAUCCUAAAUGUUGCCAUCUUGGAGGCUAUGAACAAAACUAAAAAGGAGUACCAGGACUCCUCUGUGCUGGGACAGUUUGUGACCCGCUUCAUGCUGAGGGAGACCUCCAGCCAGCUGCUCUCUCUCCAAAUGUCCCUGCAGUGUGCCAUGGAGGCCGUGGAAGAGCAGAGCAGGCCCGCACCGAGAGCGGUGGAGGUGGCGGAGCAUCCCUCAGCGCAGAGAAACAGCAGACGAUGUGGCGGCAAGUUUCAGAAGAACAUGUGCCUCUCCCCUACCCACCCCUACUCAGGCAUCCUCACUACAGGAGUGAACAUGGAGAUUGAUGACCACUGGUGCUCCCAGAUCAACAGGCUCCAGCAGCUAUUGGACAAGCUGGAGUGGCAGGGUCCAAAGUUGGAACCUCUGAAAGAAGAUACGCUGGCCAGUACAUACAAAUCUAACAUCCUGCUGGUGCAGACGCAGAUGGCGGCAACGGAGGACCACGAGGAGUUCCAGAAGCUGCUCAAGAGCUAUGUGGACGCCACGUCCAACCACAGCGACAACUUGCAUGUGUCUAUCCAGAAGCUCGAGGGACAGUCGUGCUACAUAAUGUAUGAGUUUUGGCAGGAUCGUAUCUCCUGGAUGAGCCACCUGCAGUCCAAUGCCAGUAAGAAAUUCCAGCGCUGUGUCAUUGAUACAUUGGAGGAUUCUGAGCUUGUGUCUACCAUGCUGCUCCCAGCAUCCUGGUGGAUUAUGACUGACUAACUAGCAGCAGACCAUGUAUCCCGCCCCCACAUACACACAACACAACCUCAAGACAAGAAAUUCAACAUUUCAUCCAAGUGUUUCGGUUCAAAGCUACCGGACACGGAACACUGCAUUAAAACAGCAUCUUGCGGCAUCUUUCUUAUGUACCAGUCAAAAGUUUGCACACACCUACUCAUUCAACGGUUUUUCUUUGUUUUGACUAUUAUCUACACUGU